ACGUGUAAACUGAAGUAUGGCAGCAGGGUAAAGAUCAGCUGAAGCUUUUCAAGUAUAGUAUAAGAUCCUGUUCUCCAAACACAAUUGUGUGAUCAAGUCCCUGUGAUCAGAGAAUCCAUUUCUGAAGACCACCGAUCUGCUGAAAGACACCAGAUCAACUAGAAAUUGAUUAAACGUGUGAAUGGCACUGAUGCUCUGACAGGAGGCACACACAACUGGAUGUGCUUUCCUAGCUUGAUCUGGGAUGGAGAGGCAUUCCCAAAUUCCCUGGCAGGAUUACUGCUACAUGGAUUUGAAGUCCAUUGCAAAACAAGAGACGAGCAAAAAAAUGGAAGAUCCUGGUUGGUUACAGAGACACAGGAUGUUGCUGCAGAGAUUUCUGUCCAGCUCCAUUUUAGUAAACCUGGUCCAUUACUUGAGAAAAGCAGACCAGAUCAAUGCUCAGGAGGCGGGGCUAAUCCAGGAAGUGAGCUCUCUUAAGGAAAAAGUACAUUUAUUGGUUGAAGUUCUGUCUACGUCUGAUCCCAAUGGCACCGCCCUUCAGACAUAUCUUCAAAGUUCGCAUCCAAUUGAAUAUAACCUCAUAAGUGUACAUGACUCUGUGGUUCGGCAGCAUAAAGAUGUUCUCCUUCAGCGACUUAGAGAAAAAAAUGAGAAUUCCUUCCACCAAACUGUUGGAACCUCGCACAGCUGCGGUCUCCUGCUCAUAGAAUGUGUGUCUGACCUACAGCAGCGAGAGCACGACCUUGUACAGGUGUCCGUCAACCGAGGGGAGGGGCCUCUUCACGGCCGAAGUCUGGGAUUGGACAAACUGAUCGCACCUUUGACAAGGGUCAGCACCGCCCCACGUGUGACACUGACGGUGGGCGUGGCCGGCAGUGGGAAGAGCCGACUGGUCCGUCGUUUCAUCCGCCUCUGGAGCAGUGGGCAGAUCUACCCGGAGAUUAGUCUCGCGAUCCCCAUUGCAUGCUGGGAGUUAAGUAGUUUCGAUCGCCUGUCUGUGGAGCGGCUUCUGCGGUUGUUUGUUCCAUACGAAAACACUGACAUAAUUCUUGAUAACGAUACCUGCAAAGUUUUGCUAAUUUUUGACGGAUUGGAAGAGUUUCGCCAACCCCUUGACUUUGCGGACGCUCCAUCCACUAGCGACCCUCGUCGGGAAGUUCCAGUGUCGGAUCUCAUUACGAAUAUCAUCCGGGGUAACCUGUUGCCAGGAGCAGCGCUUUGGCUGUUGUCAAGACCUGGUGUUGGGGCAAAAGUACCAGCGGGAUUGGUUGAUCGGGCGACUGAGGUCCCGCCUCUGUCGCGAGUGCAAAUACAGGAUUAUAUUUAUCACUAUAACACAAACACUUUGGAUGUGUACACCUUACCACUAGAUAACUCGACAUCAAGAAUGCCAAGUCAAAGCGAUUCUAACACGCAUGUACCCGAGGACGUCUCCCCUCAAGUGUGGGCUUACCUGACUUACCAGAAACCAUUGCUCAUUUUGUGUUCAGUGCCCAUUGUGUGCCACAUCGUUAUUACAACAUUGUCUCGCCUUCUGAAGGUGUCUGAUGCAGACGCGACGUCCCUUCCUCGAACUCUAACCGAAGUCUACGCCCAUUACUGCUGGCCACACCUCUCUACAUCAGACACAACCGGCGGAGCUGUCAGAAAGCCGCUGAGCACUCUGGGCCGUCUGGCGUUUUACAACCUGUUGCGUCGACGCUACACGUUCAGCGACACUGAAUUGAGAUCUUUUGGUGUUGACGCACCCUCUCAGUUCGGGACUCUCGGUUACAGAGUUCUCCAUCGUAAACAAAGCUGGUCAUCAGAAGCUGUGGCAUGGCAGUUCACGCACACGUCCGUGCAGGAAUAUCUGGGAGCGUUGUUCUACUACAUUUCAUCAAGACGUGGAAUGUUCGAUCUGUUUUCAGAAAGCAGCGUUUCAUGGCCACGUAUUGGGUUCCACAGCCACUACCGCGCUGCUCUGCAAAAAACCAACCAAUCAGAUGCUGCAGCACAGGGCAACCUUGACCUGUUCAUGAGAUUCCUUUCAGGACUCUUGUCUGCCACGACAAGCACAUUGUUGGGCAGCGCACUGGGUGUUGGCCGUGAGGAGCAGGUGACCCAACGCACAACUGCGACAACCUUGCUUCAGAAUACAGUUACAGCAUCAGGGGGCGAUGCAGUUAGCAUGCGCAGUGUCGCUAUGGUUACAUGUCUGGCAGAGUUGCAGCAUGGGGAGUGGCUAAGGUCUGUGGAGGAGGAUCUUAUUAGCGGCAGCCUUCGGGGGAAACUGAAGGGUGGGGUUUGUGCAGUGCUUGCGUACUUGUUGCAGGUAUCAGAAGCAUGUACAGAAGAGACACAACUGUCUAACUGUUUAGACUCCACAUCACUGAAGAGGCUCCUCCCACAGCUCUUGUACUGCAGUAAGCUGAGGAUGGAAAACAAUGUAUUUAAAGAAGAUGCAAUGGAGUUGUUGGGAAGUCUCCUGAGCGCCAAAGAGUGUCAUAUUCAGAACCUUAGUUUGGCUGAUAACUCCAUCAGCAGUAAAGGAGUCAAGCCUCUCAGUCGGGCUCUGCUGGUCAACCGAACCCUCACAGUUCUGGAUCUCCGUGGCAACAACAUUGGCGCUAAGGGAGCAAAGACAUUGUGUGAAGCUCUUAAAAUUAACCAGUUUCUGGUGUCAGUCAAUCUGCAAAGUAACCACAUAGAGGAUGAGGGUGCUCGAGCCGUGGCAGACGUUCUUCAAUCAAACCGAAAGCUCACCAUGCUCAAUCUUCACAAGAACAGUAUCGGACCAGAUGGAGUGAAGAGAAUCGCAGAGGCACUCAUAAAGAAUCAAACUCUACAGGAUCUGAAUAUGUCUAGUAAUCAGUUAGGUGAUGUGGGAAUAGUGGUCUUGGCUCAAGCUCUUAAAGUCAAUCCCAUUCUCCACACGCUCAGUCUUCAGAGCAGCUCAGUUAGUGAUCGAGGAAUUAAAGCUCUCUCACUCGCUCUCCAGUCAAACCAGGCCCUCUGCAGUUUAAAUCUGAGGGAGAACUCCAUUGGAGUCGCUGGUGCCAAAGACAUCGCCAAAGCUUUAAAAGUCAACACCUGUCUCAAAGAACUCGAUCUGACCGCUAAUCUUCUUCAUGAUGAGGGAGUGACGGCCAUCGCUGAAGCUGUGAAACUGAACAGAUCUAUCACAUCCUUACAUCUCCAGUGGAACUUUAUGAAAGUCGGAGCAGCUAAGGCCCUGUCUGAGUCUCUCAUGAGCAACAGCUGUAUUCAGCUUCUGGAUCUGCAGGAAAACGCUCUGGGUGACUGUGGUGUUAUUUCUCUGGCCUCUGCUCUAAAGAAAAACUCUUCUCUCAAUGUGCUCUGUCUUCAGGGUGUGUCAGCGGGUAAAGCAGGAGCUGUGGCUCUGGCCGAGGCCCUGGUGGUCAAUCAAAGUCUACACACACUAGAUCUUCGUGGCAACUCUGUCGGAAUGGAAGGAGCCAAGGCGUUUUCCAGCUCUCUGAAGAUCAACAGAAGUUUACGAAGUUUAAAUCUACAGGAGAAUUCUUUAGGAAUGGAUGGAGCAAUAUUCAUCGCAACAGCUCUUAGAGGAAACCAUCAACUCACUUACAUCAAUCUUCAGGGUAAUGGCAUUGGUGAGUCAGGGGCAAAGGUGGUCUCGGAUGCUAUCAGAGCUGGAGCACCGGAGUGUGUGGUGGACAUUUAGCGUGCAUGCUCUCCCCACCAUAUUGUGUCAAUACAAAACUUUUAC